UUACGAUUUAAUUAAAAAAUUCGCUUUCGAGCGUAUCGUGAGAAAAUAACAAAAGAGAGAAAAAGGAAGUAAAAAUAAUUUUUGUGAAUGGAAAAAAGAUGGAACAAUUAUGUGGGGGUUUACAGACAAUCAGAAAGAAACAAAGACGAAAAAGAAAUAGAAACGAUAAUAACAUAAAAGUGCUUAAAUGCGGAUGACAUUAAAAUUUUAUUUAUAGAAAUUAAAUAUUAAAGUCGUCACUGUUAUUCUGACUUGUGGAUCGGCUGCUGAUCAAUCAUGUUGGAUAUAUUUCGUGGCCUUAAAUCUUUAGUGAAAAUUAGUCAUAUACAAAUUGACUCACCAGUAUUUCGAUUGCAUUAUUCAAUUACUGUUAUGAUAUUGAUUGCAUUCUCGCUGAUAGUCACAACCCGACAGUAUGUAGGAAAUCCAAUUGAUUGUGUACAUACAAAAGAUAUACCGGAGGAUGUGCUUAACACUUAUUGUUGGAUUCAUAGUACAUAUGCACUCAAAAGCAUGUUUCUCAAGAAAAUUGGAAAGGAAGUGCCGUAUCCUGGCGUUGGAAAUAGUGAAGGGAAAAUGGAAGACAGAAAAGUCUAUAAAUAUUAUCAAUGGGUGUGCUUCAUGUUAUUUGGUCAGAGUAUUCUCUUUUACGCACCAAGAUGGUUGUGGAAGUCAUGGGAGGGUGGAAAAAUUCACGCGCUCAUGAUGGAUCUUGACAUUGGAAUAUGUUCGGAGAUCGAGAAAAAGCAGAAAAAGAAAUUAUUAUUAGAUUAUUUAUGGGACAACCUUCGGUUUCAUAACUGGUGGGCGUACAGAUAUUUUGGAUGUGAGCUGCUAUCGCUUAUAAAUGUUAUAGGUCAAAUGUUCUUAAUGAACAAAUUCUUCGAUGGAGAGUUCAUGACAUUUGGCCUUGAUGUGAUAAAACAUAUGGAAGCGGAUCAGGAAGAUCGGAUGGAUCCGAUGAUAUAUAUAUUUCCACGUAUGACUAAAUGUACAUUCUAUAAAUAUGGUGUCAGUGGCGAGGUUGAACGACACGACGCCAUAUGUAUUCUUCCUCUUAAUGUGGUGAAUGAAAAGAUCUACAUAUUUCUGUGGUUCUGGUUCAUUUUGCUAACAAUUUUGACAUCAUUAACUGUAAUGUAUAGAAUAGUCAUAAUAUUUUCGCCUCGCAUGAGGGUGUAUUUAUUAAGAUUAAGGUUUAGACUAGUACGUCGAGAUGCCAUAGAAAUAAUCGUCCGAAGAUCGAAGAUGGGCGAUUGGUUUCUACUCUAUAUGCUAGGUGAAAAUAUAGAUAGUAUUAUAUUUCGUGAUGUAAUGGGAGAUUUAGCUAACCGAUUGAAUAAUAAUCAACAUCAUCGUGUACCUGGACUCAAAGGGGAUAUACAAGAUGCUUGAUAUUGGGGAUAAGUGCGAUAAAUGUUCUACACACAAAAAUCAUUUAUGUAUGUUUAUAUCUUUAAAUAAAUUAUAAUGAUGAUGAAGAAUAAAAGAAAAUCAUGAAACAGUCUAAUGCAAAUAAUGAUUACAUUUCACAACCCUACCCCUCUACAUGAUGAAAUCGCGCAAUUCAAUUUUAUGCAAUAGGAAUCAAGAACGAAAAAAAAGUCGACAGAAAAUAACAAAACAUAAAAUGGAAUUAUUGUUAAAUUGCAAUAGAUAUUAAUAUGUUGUUGAUGAUUUUGGCAAAAAAAAUUUAUACUCUUUUUAAAAUGAACAAAUUUUUUUGUUGUUAGUUGAAAAAAUAAUGAAUUUUUUAAAUAGACUAAAUUGAGCGAUGUGUCCCGAGUUGAUGCAGGAUUUGGUGUUAGAGGGAAAUUAAGGGAUGGAGGAAAAUAGCAAUAAAGUGAUCAUUUAAUAAUUGAUUGCGUAUUGUUGCUUUUAAAUGAUUGGUAAUGAACUUAAAAUCGAUUAAUUUUGCUGCUAUAUCGAAUGCACCAACAUUUGGUUGGCAUGACAAUGAAAUAUCAUGAAUUUGGAUCACAUUCAGAGCUGACUCGAAUGGCACAAGAUGGUUAAUCGAAUAGAAAUUCGACACCAAUCCAGAGUGACUCAGGGAUGGUGCUGGACUCAAAUCAAAUCCAGCACUAUGUCAGAGUUACACGAGAUUGGUGUCAGAUUUCUAUUCGAUUAACCGAAUUGUAAUAUUUGGGUAAGCUGAUCAUCUGUUGUGUCAUUGAUCUUAUAGGCACAAUGUACCCUUAAUCUACAAAGAUUCUGAUCUUAGCUUGAUAAUUAUUUGAAGGUAAAUCACAGAUCAAGCUUUUUGUUGCUCUAGGAGAUCCUAGAGAAUUGAAUCCUUCAAAACGAUUAUAACCAAGUUUUCCUACUUAAAGGAGCCCCAAUAUUAAUCAAAGAAGGUGGAUUAAGACUCAAAAGCUUCAAAAACAGUUGCAACUUAAAUAUUAAAGCUCAAAAAAUUAAUCAAAUUUAUUUUAUAAGGAACAUAAUUCUAAAAACAUGCUCAGUGGUGUCAUUAUGAGUUCACUGAGUACGAAACAGCAUGAACAGCAUUUGCUUGCUUGGACAACACUAUCAAAAAAUAAUCCUAAUUGUCUCUAUUAAUCUUCAAACCACAAAGCAAGUUAUCUCAGAAUUCAGAAUAUCUUGACAGUAUCAAUUGAAUUGAGAUUCUUGAAAUCAAAUCUAAGUAUGAGUAUUUAAAUGACUUCUUACUGAUAGCCAUGAAUUGUCCUCUUAUGAAUUAUUUGAAACAGUUCCUCUCAAUUAUCAUAAGAGGACUCCAAUCAAUCUCUCGUUAAUCUCAUAAAAAUGGUGGUCCAGUUAGACAUAAAUCACUUUAAGUAAGCCAUUGAAGUAAGAUUGUCUGUCAUUUUGUUUGAUUUGACCAAUUGAGAUACUUUGGAUGAAGAUUUUAUUUCGAAUUAAUAGAACUGACUAUAAAGUCGACAAGGAAAAUUUAAUUUUGCUGAAUUUCUGUCGAAAAUGAUUUUAAUGAUUUCGAUGGAAUUCUUGAAGAUUUGAAAGGCAAUGCUAAUUUCAUUGAAUCUUAGCAAAAUCACAAUUCAGCAUUAAAACUUAGAAAGCUUGCAGUAUUAAUAGUUCUAGCUCAAACUCCUUACCACCAUACUGAUGGGUAGCUGCUCCCAAACUUCUGCACCAGCAUCAGGACAAAUAAAAAUUGAAAUAUUUUUUCAUCCAUUUAUUUUUAAUUAUUAAGUUCAAUAAUUUUC